UUUUUUUUUUUUUGCUCUGGAAAACAAGAGCGCGCCCCUCAGAGGCGCUGGUUGUGGGCAGAAGCGGAGCGCAGGACAGUCCCCCUCCUCCCUCGCCGGGUGUGUGGCGCGGGCAGCGUCCCACGCACGCGCACAGUAGCGCAGCCCUCCGCGCUCUGGAGCCCAGCGUUCUGGGGCUGCCGCUGGCCCGAGUCUCGGCUCCGUGGGGGAGGGGCCUGGACCCGGCGCGAGCCGCGGGGCGCGCAGUGCAUUGUGGUCGCGCAGUGAUUGCUGCGGGCGCGGGGCACGCCGGGAGCGGCGGCGGCGGCGGCGGUGAGAGUGCGGGUGAGGGGCCCGCGCCGCGGAGCGCCCCAGGGUAGCAGCAGCCGGAGCCGGGCCCGCGAGGACGAGGCGCGGGCGCCGCCAUCCCCGCGCCCGGGGUAUAAAUGAGUGAGCGACGCGGCAGGAAGGGCAGGAUCCCGCGGCUGCGACCCCAGCGCCCAGGAGCUGCGGCUGCUUCCCCCGCCCGGAGCCGCGGGCGAGGGCGGCGCUGAGGCGGCAGCGGACACGUUCCCCCGCCCAUGGUCCCGGCGGCGCCGAGGGCUGGCAGCGGGGAGGAGAGGAGCUGAGGCCGGGCUGGUGCCUGGGGGACUCGGGGGCCCUGCUCUGCGCUCCGCCGCCUCUUGCUCCGGCUUGGGGCGCCGGGACGGAUAUUGCAGGGCGCUGGAUGGCAGCUCCGCGCCGCUACAGGGGCUCGCGGCUCCUGCAGCGGCAGUAGGAGAGGAGAAAGCCGCGGGGGAGACCUGGUGCUGCCGAAACCCUGGGCCCACGGUGACGCCGCUUUGUUUCAUCGACCAAGAUGAUGUGUGAGGUGAUGCCAACCAUCAGUGAGGCAGAGAUUCCCUCUGGGGGAAAUGGAGGCCAUGGUUCAAGCUCCCCGUUACAAUCGGAUGCUGAUUCCCAUUUUGAGCAGUUAAUGGUGUCUAUGCUGGAAGAGAGGGAUCGUCUCCUGGAAACACUAAGAGAAACUCAAGAGACACUAGCUUUGACACAGGGCAAGCUACAUGAAGUUGGUCAUGAAAGAGAUUCCUUGCAGAGGCAGCUAAAUACUGCACUUCCACAGGAAUUUGCAGCACUUACUAAAGAGCUUAAUGUGUGCAGGGAACAACUCCUUGAAAGGGAAGAAGAAAUAGCUGAACUGAAAGCUGAAAGAAAUAAUACAAGGCUAUUACUAGAACAUUUGGAAUGCCUAGUAUCCAGGCAUGAAAGAUCUCUUAGAAUGACUGUUGUAAAGAGACAAGCUCAAUCUCCAGCAGGAGUUUCUAGUGAAGUUGAAGUUCUCAAAGCACUAAAAUCACUAUUUGAACAUCACAAAGCCCUUGAUGAAAAGGUAAGGGAAAGGUUACGAGUAGCACUUGAAAGAUGUAGUUUAUUGGAGGAAGAACUAGGUACUACACACAAAGAGUUAAUGAUUCUAAAAGAGCAGAACAGUCAAAAAAGAACACUAGCUGAUGGGGCAUUGGAUAUAAAUCACGAUCAGGAAAAUACACCAAGCACAAAUGGGAAGAGAUCUUCUGAUGGUUCGUUAAGUCAUGAUGAAAACCUUGCUAAAGUUAUAGAACUCCAAGAUAUCAUAGAUAAGCAGAACAAGGAGCAGACCCAAAUGAAAGAACGUCUCACCGCUCUUUCUAGCAGAGUAGCAGAGCUGGAAGAGGAUCUUGACACAGCUAGAAAAGAUUUAAUAAAAUCUGAAGAAAUGAACACAAAGUUGCAAAGAGAUGUACGAGAGGCUAUGGCCCAAAAGGAAGAUAUGGAAGAAAGAAUUACAACUCUUGAAAAACGCUACCUCGCCGCACAGCGUGAAACUACAUCUGUGCAUGACCUCAAUGAUAAACUUGAAAACGAAAUUGCUACUAAAGACUCUAUGCACCGACAGAGUGAAGAUAAAAACAGGCAGUUACAAGAACGGCUGGAACUGGCUGAACAGAAGUUGCAGCAGACUUUGAGAAAAGCUGAAACUUUGCCUGAGGUGGAAGCUGAACUGGCACAGAGAGUUGCAGCACUUUCAAAGGCAGAGGAAAGGCAUGGCAACAUUGAAGAGCGGUUAAGGCAGAUGGAAGCACAACUGGAGGAAAAGAAUCAGGAAUUGCAAAGGGCUAGACAAAGAGAGAAGAUGAAUGAAGAACAUAAUAAACGCUUAUCAGAUACAGUUGACAAGCUUUUAUCUGAAUCCAAUGAGAGACUUCAGCUUCAUCUGAAGGAAAGGAUGGCUGCCUUGGAAGAUAAGAACUCUCUUCUUCGAGAUAUUGAAAAUGCAAAGAAACAAAUAGAUGAACUUCAACAUGAAAAGGAUCAGUUGGUACUAAAUAUUGAAACAAUGAGGAUGGAAAAUGACCAAAUGAGAAUCAGAGCCACUUCCCUUCAUCAUAGCCGGCAACAUUUGGGUAGUGUACCAGAUUUCAGAUAUCCAAUGCCACCUUCAUCUGUGACCGACAGUCAUACAGAUCCCUAUAACACCUCAUCAGUGUUGAGACGUCCCCAGAAAGGGCGUUUGGCUGCUCUCAGAGAUGAACCUUCAAAGGUUCAGACCCUUAAUGAACAGGACUGGGAACGAGCACAGCAAGCAAGCGUGUUGGCAAAUGUAGCACAAGCAUUUGAGAGUGAAGUUGAUGUGUCGGAUGGUGAGGAUGACAGGGAAACUAUAUUCAGUUCAGUCGAUCUUUUGUCACCUAGUGGUCAGGCUGAUGCUCAGACUUUAGCCAUGAUGCUUCAAGAGCAAUUGGAUGCAAUCAACAAAGAGAUUAGAUUGAUACAAGAAGAAAAGGAAAAUACAGAACAGCGGGCCGAGGAAAUUGAAAGCCGAGUUGGUAGUGGGAGCCUGGACAACCUUGGUCGAUUUCGUUCAAUGAGUUCCAUUCCUGCUCCUUUUCCUGGCGGUUCCCUUGCUGGUUCCUCUCCUCCUGGCAGUGGUCGCUCCACACCAAGACGGAUUCCACAUAGUCCAGCACGGGAAGUAGACAGACUAGGUAUCAUGACGCUGUCUCCAGUUUCUAGAGAAGAAGUACGAGAUGACAAGACCACGAUAAAGUGCGAGACAUCACCACCAUCUUCACCUCGAUCUCUGCAUUUGGACCGAGUCCAUAAAGGAGCUUUGCAUACAGUGAGCCAUGAAGACAUCAGGGACAUAAGAAAUUCAACAGGCUCUCAAGAUGGGCAAGUAAGCAACCCCAGCAGCAGUAAUAGUAGCCAGGAUUCUCUUCACAAAGCUCCUAAAAAGAAAGGGAUCAAAUCCUCUAUUGGUCGCUUGUUUGGUAAGAAAGAAAAGGGUCGGCCCGGACAAACCAGCAAAGAAUCAUUGGGACAAGUUGGCAUGGCAGAAGCAGAUAAUUCAUCUCAGGAUGCCUUAGGACUCAACAAACUUGGGGGACAGGCAGAAAAAAACAGGAAACUACAGAAAAAGCAUGAAUUGCUUGAGGAAGCUAGAAGGCAAGGUCUACCUUUUGCACAAUGGGACGGACCUACUGUAGUUGUGUGGUUAGAGUUAUGGGUGGGAAUGCCAGCGUGGUAUGUGGCUGCUUGUCGAGCAAAUGUGAAAAGUGGUGCUAUCAUGUCAGCCUUGUCUGAUACAGAAAUACAGCGUGAAAUUGGAAUCAGUAAUCCUCUACACAGAUUGAAACUGAGGCUUGCCAUUCAAGAGAUCAUGUCCCUAACAAGUCCGUCUGCCCCUCCUACAUCACGAACGACCACGGGAAAUGUCUGGGUAACACAUGAAGAAAUGGAAAAUCUUACAGCCACACCACAAACGGAAGAUGAGGAGGGAAGCUGGGCUCAGGUUGGAAAUUUUACACAAUAUAUUAUACUAUAUAAGUAAACCAUCAUAUGCAAUUAGAGCACGAAAAAUCUUUAUUUUGGUGUGUAUUUUUAUAAUAUAGUUUUUAUUGAUAGUAAGCUUUUAAAAUAUCAAUGCAUAUGUGAAAAACUCUACUAGUGAGUCAUCAAGGUAUGUUAUAGUUCUUUAAGACUUGCCAACACAUCAUGCUAAAAUUUGAAAAACUGGGGGCGGGAGUUAAUUGCAAUGCAGUGGGCACCACAGAGGCUAUAAAUAAAAAAAUAUAUAUUGUGUUUCCUCUUAUCACUAAAACUACUGAAUAAAACAUUAAACAUCCUGCUAUUGUUAGAAUGUUUGCAUUUAGCUUUAUUGGACCAGUCUAUAAGUAGGAUAGCUCUUGGGCAGGUUCUUGGGCAUCAAGUACCUUUACUCAGGAAGUGCAACCUGAGGAAGGGCAUUUAAUACUUAAAAUAUUGUCCAGCAGUUCUCUCAGCUAAGUAGUUGGUCCAGUAAAAUAUGCCACACACGCAUCUGUGCCUCAGAUACUUCCUGGCCCAUUAUGGCUAUAACAGCACUCCAACCCCACUGUUAUCGUUAGUCAUCUGAUGUACUUGUUCUCUAGUUUGCAAUAUUGCAGAAAAUAGGAAAACUAUUACAUACCUGACGUCUGUGACAUUGGAUUUGUUUUGUUGUUCAAACCACAAUGUUAGAAACAAAAUAACUUUGGUCUCUAAAACCUGAAGGCUUGUGGCAGGUUAAUGGUUCAAGGAAAAUACCUGCCUGCUAUAGGAGCCCUAUUCAGCCUCAUCACUAGCAUAAUCACCAUCCUUAAGAGAUGCUCAGCAGUCCAAGCCCAGCAUAUUUUUGUGUUACCUGUGUAGUCCAUCUUGGAUAACUGUUUUGCCUUAAAGCUCUGAUAAAUCCUCUUUGUACCUUUUAAAGUAAGGAUGGAUAAGUGUCCAGAAGUAUAGUCAAUCCUCCUUUAUGUAUAAGAAAUGGUAAAUUUUGUAAUUGACAAAGGCUUCUGUCUGUGGAAUCAGAAAAAAUAUAUGCCUUAAACUUUGAUUAUUUUAGUUAUAAGAUGACAUAACCGCUUUGUGUAGAAUUGCUGGCUCGGUACAGUAGAACAGAUAAGGGCAAGUGUUUGUUCUUUGUAACUCUUCUGCAAAUGCUUCGCUCACCGCAGCCUUGAAGGUAGAAAAAAAAAGUAUGUACAAAGUAGAUUUCCAGGUGCAAGAAGGAGGUUUGUGAACUAACCCUACCUCCCCCAUAAUUCCCAUCCUGAUAACAGCAAAGAAAUAAUGAAGUAAUAUUAUAGCCGCUUUUCAUGCUAAUUUCACUAUAUGAUCACGUGAGUUGUAAGCGACUGUUAAAAAGUAUAUAAGCCUCCUGAUUUUGCUCUUGGGGGGGGACCCCUUCCAAGUGCUUGGGAAAUCCAUGUCACUUUGGAACUCCCCCUACAGCUGUAGUUUCUUUUGAAUAAAAGCUUCUGCUGACCUGACCCAAAAGUACUCUGUGUGUGUUUCCACGACAUGUCUGACCCAUAUCUUUGAAUUGUACUGUAUCUCAUUUCCUGGCUAGACUAGCAUAGUGUUCUUAUGGAAAUGAUAAUACUGUAUUUAGUUGAAUACAAGAUGAGCCCUUCCCCACCCAGGGCUUUUUCACCCUGGGGGGAAAAAGCCUGUUUGCUUAUAUCUACAUGCAAAGAAACCCCAUUUCACACUUUGCCUAGCCUUAAACUACUGCCAAAAGCAGCAUUUGCUUAGUAAUGGAAACCAACCAUAAAGUUGAUUGAAUGCAGUCCACACUGUCCAUGUCUGUAAAACACAUGGCCAUGUCCCACAUGGGUGGGAAUUCCCUCCACAGGGAACUAGCACCAGGCCUGGAGGUACUACAAUACCAGGCCAGCACCAGAAGGACCAGAGGCAGCCUUUCCUUGGUGCAAAAAUGCUACAUUGGAUCUUAGCUGAUAGGUCAAGAAGCCAAUGGUAAUGUACCACAAGGAUAAGUUAGCGCAGCCCAUCUGAAUAAGAUGAAUGAUAGUUGCCAUUGAGCAUACUCCCCUUCAUUGCUGACUCUUUUCCAAGUCACGGUGAGCCACUACAUUAAAUAUCUUUUGCCUUCCUCUUCACAGCUGAGCUGUGCCUUUCCCUUUUCCCAUGAUUCCAGUUUUUUUCACCAGCUUGCAAAGUCUGACAAACAUCACUGAAUGGGGUCCCAAACAGUUCACCCAGAAUACCUCUGUCACCUCCUUAGCCUAUCACAUUUGAUUAGUGUGGCCCUGCCCUCUAUAAGGUAGAGCUGGACCAGGUUGCCCUCUGCCACAUCUGCCUAUACAUUUUUUGGAGGCUCUUAGGACUUGUGACAAGAACACCUGGUUCUAGUCAUGAAUGGAGGUGGGGCUAAUUGGCAAAUGGCUCUUUUGUGGUUGUUAUCUGGAGAACACACACAUGCUGAGCUGUGGGGUCACCAUGACUUAAAAUGCUGUUGAUUCUGUUGGGGCCUAGCCAGAUCUGUAUGGUAAAUCAUGAGCCUUCUGGCUUUGGAAUAAGGUUAGGCAUCAUUUGUAUUAUAUAUAAGUAGGUGCCAAAGUGUUACUUAAAAGUGUGCUUCAAGUUUUAGAACAGGUAUGCCUCAGGCAGUUUCAAAAAGAUAAAAUGUAUCAAUUCUGGAAGAACUAAGUCUGUGGGUACUAUAUGAAAAAUACUAGAGGCAUAUUUAUUUCAAGGCCAGUGUUUUUCAAAUUUGCCCCUCACUUCCAUGUGCUUGUGGAGAGCAGGAUCCGAUGGUACGGGGUGGAAAGGGGCUGCAGGAAGAAGUUGGGUGGGAAAAGGUAAAUCUGAUCCUCCAGAUUUGUCCCUCUCCUGCUGCUACAGCAGGGAAGACAACUUCAAGGCCAACCUCCAAUAAUUUGAUUCUGCAUCUGGAAACUUAUAACCAAUUUUAUACAUUUUGCAUUUGUAGAAUCCUAAUUAGGGUUCAUCUUGUAUUCAAGUAAAUACGGUAGUUCUCAUUUUGCCCGUUUCAUGAAAGUACAUAUUGGGGAGUUAGGGGGCAGACUUUUCAAAGGCAGAAGAACAUGAUUAGUUGUAUAAUUUCCAGUUGCCUCUGGACAUAUCUGGAAAACCUUGCAGUGGAACUGUUUAGGACUCUUUCACACCUUGUAGAAUAAGGAGUAGCAGUUAAAGUUUUAUGAGUCCAUAGCAUGGUAUAUCAUAUGGGGGGUUUGUUUAUUUAUUUAUUUUUAACUAGCAUAAAUUCCACAAAACUCCUAAUAUGUUCAUAUUCCACAGUGAGGUGGUUUUUUUAACUUUGUGAUUUGUCAUAAGAAAUAUAAAACUAUACUAUACCACCUUUAUAGAGUUUUUUCAAUUUUUUUUCAUGAGACAUGGUAUAUUCAUCGCUUGUGAAAAUAAAGGUCUAGGUUAUAUUGUCAUGAUUAUAUUGUCUGAAUUUGAGGAAUGUGCAAAAAAUUCAUGAAAAAGUAACCAGAAAUCAAUGGAAAGUUUAUUGAAUAUCAAUACUCCUUUUUUUCCCUAAGGAUUCUUUAAUUAAAAAAAAAAAAAAAAAGUAAAGUGGCAUAUUUCAACUCAACCCUUUCAAUAGCUUCUUUUUUUUACAAACUAACAAAGUUAGUUAUAAGUUUUGCCUUUCCAUUAAUUCUGAAAUAUCAAUGGAAAGCAUAUAGUUAGGAUCUUUUUGCCUUUUGAAUUGAGUAAAUUUACUUUUAAAUCUUACCUUU